UGAAGGUAAAGGUGAUUUUGCCUAUUACUAUGUAAUUUCUUUUUCCCUUUUUUGAUUCUUCAAACUUUCAGAAGUUAGGAAUAUCCCUUAUUUGCAUUCUCAGGUAGGUGUAUUGAUUGUGUUAUUGCUUCAAGGAUAUGCAAAAUUGAGGGUCAUGUCUAAAUAUGUCAUCCAAUGCAUUGUUUUUGUUUUCCUUGAAUGGGAGUUAGUUUAGCACUUCAAUUUUAAUAGUUUUUCCUUUUGUUAUAGUCAGUCAUCAAUGGCCCGCAUUCUAAUUAACCUAAGUUAUUGAUUCUAGAUUUUACUUGUGUUCACUGUGCAAACAGGGUGGAAAAAUGUGGUUUUUUUGGCUUCUGGUACUAAUAGUUCUUGGUAAUGGGGAUCUUUCAAGAGGUGCUAAUACAAACAUGUCUACAAGGCCGGAGAUUGUGAAUGUAGGGUCUAUCCUUACAUUGAGUUCUCUUGUUGGUAAAAUAGCAAGAGUUGCUAUAGAGGCUGCAGUAGAAGAUGUCAACUCCAACCCAGAUGUUCUUCCAGGAACCAAGCUCAAAGUCACAACUUUUGACAGCAAUUAUAGUGGAUUUAUGGGAAUCAUCGAGGCCAUGCGCUUUAUGGAGACUGAAACAAUGGCGAUAAUUGGGCCACAAUCUUCAGUUAUAGCUCAUGUGAUUUCACAUAUAGCUAAUGAGCUCCAAGUUCCUAUGCUAUCUUAUGCAGCGACAGACCCCUCCCUUUCUUCACUUGAGUACCCAUUUUUUGUGAGGACCUCACCAAAUGAUAUGUUCCAGAUGGCUGCAAUUGCAGAAUUGGUUGAAUACUAUGAAUGGAGACAAAUUAUCGCGAUUUAUGUUGAUGAUGAUUUUGGAAGGAAUGGAAUAGUUGCAUUAGCAGAUCAGUUGGCCUCAAGAAGAUGUGAGAUAUCUUACAAAGCAGCUUUGACCCCUAAUGCUACUAAUGAAGAAAUCCGUGAUCUGUUGGUGCAGGUGGCUCAAUUGGAAUCCCGAAUUCUUGUGGUACACACUUAUCCUGCCAAUGGACUACCUAUAUUCUCUGUGGCACAAUAUCUAGGAAUGAUGGAAAAUGGAUUUGUAUGGUUUGCUACUAAUUGGCUAACAACCAAGUUGGAUUCUGAAGCCAUUCUAUCUCCUGAGAUAUUUGAUAAUAUACAAGGGGUUAUCACAUUGCGAAUACACACGCCAGAAUCUAAAAGGAAAAAAGAUUUCACCUCAAGGUGGAGUGACUUGACUAAGCAUGGUCCUCCGAUUGGGUUUAGCACUUUUGGCCUUUAUGCCUAUGAUACUGUUUGGCUACUUGCUCAUGCCAUUGAUACAUUUUUCAACAAAGGCGGAAACUUGUCAUUUUCCUCUUAUUCAAGGUUCAGUGGUGUGAGUAGUGGGAGUUUGAAUCUAAAUGCUAUGAGUAUCUUCAAUGAAGGGAACUUACUUCUGGACAGUAUUUUACAGGUUAAUAUGACAGGGGUGACUGGACUAUACAGUUUCACUUCAGAUAGGAACCUUGUCCGGCCUGCUUUUGAAGUCAUUAAUGUGAUUGGAACAGGCUUGAGGAGGAUUGGUUAUUGGACAAAUUAUUCUGGCUUGUCAAUUAUUCCACCAGAAUCACUUUACACCAGGCCACCAAAUCGCUCCAGUUCAAAUCAGCAAUUGUAUGGUGUGGUCUGGCCAGGACAAACUACUCAAAAACCUCGUGGCUGGAUUUUUCCACAUAAUGGUAGGCAAAUCAAGAUUGGUGUUCCAAACAGAGCUAGCUUUGGUGAAUUUGUUGCAAGUGUACGAGGCACAGAUAUGUUCAAAGGAUAUUGUAUUGAUGUUUUCAUUGCUGCCCUGAACUUGUUGCCUUAUGGUGUUCCAUACAAACUUAUGGCUUUUGGUGAUGGUCUUGUCAAUCCAAGCAACACUGAGCUUGUGAGAAUGAUCACAGCUGGGGUCUAUGAUGCUGCUGUGGGUGAUAUUGCAAUCACCAGAAAUCGAACGCAAAUGGCAGAUUUUACUCAACCAUAUAUUGAGUCUGGUCUUGUUGUUGUGGCGCCGGUGAUGAAGUCGAGUUCUCAUUUUUGGGCAUUUCUCAGACCAUUUACUCCUUCAAUGUGGGGUGUCACAUCAUUGUUUUUUGUCAUUGUGGGAGCUGUUGUUUGGAUAUUGGAGCACAGGUUAAAUGAUGAAUUUCGUGGGCCUCCAAAAAAGCAGUUUGUGACUACCUUAUGGUUCAGCUUAUCAACACUUUUUUUCGCACACAGAGAAAAUACGGUCAGCACUCUUGGCCGUUUCGUACUGGUUUUAUGGCUGUUUGUGGUUCUAAUUAUCAACUCUAGCUACACUGCCAGUCUUACCUCAAUCCUUACGGUUCAACAGCUUUCUUCGCCGAUUAAAGGGAUAGAAAGUUUGUUACAUACUAACGAUCCGAUUGGUUACCCACUUGGCUCAUUUGCACGAGAUUACCUUAUUGAAGAGGUGGGUAUCCAUGAAUCCAGACUAGUCCCACUUAAUUUGCCAGAGGAUUAUGCGAGAGCCUUACGACAUGGUCCAAGGAAUGGUGGAGUUGCUGCCGUCAUUGAUGAGCGAGCGUAUAUGGAAGUCUUUCUCUCCACACAUUGUGAAUUCAGCAUUGUUGGCCAAGAGUUCACCAAAAACGGAUGGGGAUUUGCCUUCCCGAGGGACUCACCUUUGGCUGUCGAUGUAUCGACCGCGAUCCUGAAGUUGUCGGAGAGUGGCGAACUCCAGCAGAUACAUGACAAGUGGCUGCAGAGAAGUGCUUGCAGCUCAGAAAGCACAAAGCUUGAAGUCGACAGGCUUCAGUUGGGAAGUUUCGCAGGCCUGUUUUCCAUAUGCGGAUUGGCAUGCAUUCUUGCCUUGCUCAUACACUUCAUACUAAUAGUUCGGCAGUUCCUUCGUCACUACUACGAACCGGAUCCAGAAUCGUUAUCGUCAAGUAGCUCGCGAUCAGCACGGCUGCAGACAUUCCUUUCUUUUGUUGAUGAAAAGGAAGAAACCGUUAAAGCGCGAUCGAAGCGAAGGCGUCUGGAGGGAGUCUCAAAUGUCAAAUGUUACGGUUCCUCGUACGGAUGGUUGUCCCUGCAAAAGGAGAAGGAAUCCAAAUCCAUCCUGCUCUACAAUCCGUUCAAUCGGAAGAUUGUGAAGAUUCCUGGGAUCCCAGAAAAUUACGGCAGGGUUAACAAGAUCAUCAUGUCCUGUGAUCCUUCUCUGUACCCAGAUGAUGAUCAAUUCGCCGUGGCCGCAAUCUGUGGCCGACUCCGGCUCGCUCUGAUCAAACCCGGCAAGGAAAAUUCUUGGAAUCUUGCCAAUACUAAUUUCCCGGGAGAAGGGUUUGUUGAGCUUGAAGAUAUACACUUUCACAAGGGAUUGCUGUACGCUUUGGAUGACAACAACUCCCUCCUCGCCGUUGAUUACACAGCUAAUUCCGGCGGCCAUCCCCGGCGAGCUCCAAUGGAGGCUGGAGUCGUCAAUCCAAGACCUUCUCCUUCUGGAAAAGCAUUUUGCAUCAUCCAAGGCGGAAAAAUGAGGAUUCUUUGGCUUCUAGUGCUAAUAGUUCUUUGUAGUGGGCAUCUUUCAAUAGUGGUAAAUACAAAUGCGUCCAGAAGGCCGAAAUCUGUGAAUAUUGGGUCUAUCCUAACAUUAAAUUCAAUUAUAGGCAAAGCUGCAAAAGUUGCUAUAGACGCAGCUGUAGAAGACGUGAACUCCAAUUUAUCAGUUCUUCCAGGAACCAAGCUAAACAUAACAACUUUUGACAGUGGUAAUAGUGGAUUCCUUGGCCUCGUUGAUGCCAUGCGCUUUAUGGAGACUGAAACAAUGGCGAUAAUUGGUCCACAAUCGUCAGUCAUAGCUCAUGUGAUUUCACAUGUUGCAAAUGAGCUUCAAGUUCCUCUGUUAUCUUAUGCAGCUACAGAUCCCACCCUUUCUUCACUUCAGUACCCAUUGUUUGUUAGGACCUCUACCAAUGAUAUGUUCCAGAUGGCUGCAAUAGCAGAAUUGGUUGAAUACUAUGAAUGGAGAAAGGUUAUUGCCAUUUAUGUUGACGACGAUUUUGGAAGGAAUGGAAUAGUUGCAUUAGCAGAUCAGUUGGGCUUAAGAAAGUGCGAGAUAUCUUACAAAGCAGCGCUGAGCCCUGAUGCUAGUAAACAAGAAAUCCGUGAUAUGCUGGCGCAUGUAGCUUUAAUGGAGUCGCGAAUUUUCGUGGUACACACUUAUCCUGACAGGGGACUAGAUAUAUUCUCUGUGGCACACGAUCUAGGAAUGAUGUGGAGGGGAUAUGGUUGGUUUGCUACUGAUUGGUUGACAACCUUGUUGGAUUCCAGAGACGUUCUAUCUCCUGAGAUACUUAAACAUAUACAGGGAGUUAUUACGCUGCGAACACACACGCCGGAAUCUCAAAGGAAAAAGGAUUUCAUCUCUAGGUGGCGUAACUUGACGAAGCAAGAAGCAGCUGGUGGUUCUCCAAUUGGACUGAACUCAUUUGCUUUCUAUGCCUAUGAUACUGUUUGGCUACUUGCUCAUGCCAUUGAUCUAUUUUUCGAAAAAGGAGGCAACUUGUCAUUUUCCCCUUAUUCAAUGUUGAAUGGUAUGAACAGUAGGAGUUUGAAUCUAAAUGCUAUGAGCAUCUUCAAUGGAGGUAACUUACUACUGGACAGUAUUUUAAGGGUUAAUAUGACAGGGGUGACGGGACUAUACAGUUUCACUUCAGGUAGGAACCUCUUCCGGCCUGCUUUUGAAGUCAUUAAUGUGAUUGGAGCAGGCUUAAGGGGGGUUGGUUAUUGGACCAAUUAUUCUGGCUUGUCAAUAAUUCCACCGGAACAACUUUACACCAAGCCACCGAAUCGUUCCAUUUCGAAUCAGCAACUGUAUACUGUAAUCUGGCCUGGACAAAUUACUCCAAAACCUAGUGGCUGGGUUUUUCCAAAAAAUAAUGGGGCAUUAAAGGUUGGUGUUCCAAACAGAGUUAGUUAUGGUGAAUUUGUAUCAAAGGUACCAGGCACAGAUAUGUUCAGAGGAUACUGCAUAGAUGUUUUCAUGGCUGCCCUGAACUUGUUGCCCUAUGGUGUUCCAUGCCAACUAAUGGCAUUUGGUGAUGGUCGUGUCAAUCCAAGCAACAACGAGCUUUUGAGAUUGAUCACAGCUGGGGUCUAUGAUGCUGCUGUUGGUGACAUAGCAAUCACCCCAAACCGAACACGAAUGGUGGAUUUUACUCAACCAUAUAUCGAGUCCGGCCUUGUUGUAGUGGUGCCGGUGAAUGUGAUGAACUCGAAGCACAGGGUUAACGACGAAUUUCGGGGGCCUCCCAGAAAGCAAUUUGUGAAUACUUUAUGGUUCAGUUUAUCAACACUGUAUCACACGCAUAGAGAAAAUACGGUCAGCAUUCUUGGCCGGUUUGUCCUCUUUAUAUGGUUGUUUGUGGUCCUAAUUAUCACCUCUAGUUACACUGCUAGUCUUACCUCAAUCCUUACUGUUCAACAACUUUCUUCGCCAAUUAAAGGGAUAGAAAGUUUAGUAAAUAGUAAGGAUCCGAUUGGAUGUCCAGUCGGUUCAUUUGUACGUGAUUACCUCAUUCAAGAACUGGGCAUCAAAGAAUCCAGACUAGUCCCUCUAAAUUCGCCGGAAGACUAUGCAAGAGCCUUGCAGGAUGGUCCUAACAACGGUGGAGUUGCUGCUGUUGUUGAUUUUCGAGCAUAUAUGGAAUUCUUCCUCUUUAAUCAUUGUGAUUUUACCAUUGUUGGCCAAGAGUUCACCAAAAGUGGAUGGGGAUUCGUAAGUACUACUUGUAGACAACACUUUGGUUCCAAAUCUUCUGCAUAUGAAGAUAGGAUACUGUUGCCAAAAUUCAAAAUGAUGACUUUUCUAUUGUCACUGAAAUCAAUGUAUCUCCAGUCAUUGCACAUUAUCAUUUUUUGUAAUAGCAAGAAGGGCUGUAAAGCAGUGCUGAACGCAAUUUCUGUUUUGUUAGGCCUUCCCGAGAGACUCACCUCUGGCUGCUGA